UUCAGCCAUGACAUGCAAAGUUUUCCAGCGACCCUGUCACUUCGACAUCAUGGCGUAGCGAUGUGCACGGACGGCAGGGUCGUACUGGUGGGCACGGAGAAGUUCAGAACACAGCUUUUGUGGAUUUUUCUCAGAAAAAACGAGAAGACGAAACUACGGAAGCGCUGAGAUUCUUCGAGAAGAGUUUGGGUUUGUCAGUGACUGAAGAUGAUGUCUGAUGCCAGCGACAUGUUGGCUGCUGCUCUUGAGCAGAUGGAUGGAAUUAUAGCAGGUUCCAAAGCUAUAGACUACUCCAAUGGUUUGUUUGACUGCCAGUCGCCUACGUCACCUUUUAUGGGUAGUUUGCGAGCGCUUCACCUUUUGGAAGACCUGAGAAGUGUCCUAGAGUUGAUGGACUCGGAGGAAAGGGAGAGUCUACGAUGCCAGAUCCCUGACUCCACAGCUGACAGCCUUGUGGAAUGGCUCCACGGUCACAUGUCUAAUGGACACAUUUCAUUGAGUGGAGGUGACCACUACCAGGAGAGGCUUUCACGACUAGAAAGUGAUAAGGAGUCUCUUGUGCUUCAGGUGAGUGUACUGACAGACCAGGUUGAGGCUCAGGGGGAGAAGAUUCGGGAUCUGGACUUGUGUUUGGAUGAGCACAGGGAAAAGCUCAACGCCACAGAGGAGAUGCUGCAACAGGAGCUUCUGUGUAGAACUGCUCUGGAGACUCAGAAGCUUGAGCUUAUGUCUGAAGUGUCCAACCUUAAGCUGAAGCUCAACAGUAUGAAAAAAGAGAGACUUGACUUUGAUGACGGAUUUAGGGACAGUGAGGAUUUGAUUCUUGAAAUUAAUGAGCUGCGGUACAGACUGACUGAACUGGAGACUGAAAAACUACAGUAUGAAAAGAAACUUAAAUUCACUAAGUCACUAAUGGCCAAGCUUUCUAGCCUGAAAAUCAAAAUGGGCCAGAUGCAGUAUGAGAAACAGAGGAAAGAGCACAAACUCCAGGCGAUGAAGGAGGAGCUAGCCAUACUGAGGCGGCAGCUGGAAGGCAAAGACGGAGAGAUGAGGAGACUCCAGGACGAGACGGGCUUCAAGGCCAUUGGCUUGAACGGUGCAGAGCCCACAGACAGAGAUGUGGAAGUCCAGAGGAUGAAGAAGGCAGUGGAGUCUUUGAUGGCAGCAAAUGAAGAAAAGGAUCGUAAAAUUGAAGAACUGAAGCAGUCACUGUUGCGGUACAAGAAAGUUCAAGACAUGGUGAUGUCCGUGCAGGGAAAGAAAGAGACAAAGACAAAGGAUAAUGAGUAUGUUGAGAGUUCUGGUGAUGGAUGCGCCACAGUCCCAGCUAGCCCUCCGUCUGUGGAGUCAGAAAAACAAGAAGGCACGGAUGCUGAACAACUGAGAGGGAAAAGCCCAGAUGAGAUGGAAAGCCCCAGUGGACUAAGUGAAGAGCCCUCGCCUUCACCCAGCCCGUCUGAUCCAGAGAGAGUGUCAGAGUCUGAACCGGCAGAUGUAGAAAGCAGUCAAGAGAACACAAAGACUGUGACUCAGGAUCACCUGGAUGGGAGCAAAACUGAGCAGAAGACAAGUGAGGAGAUCGGUAGCAUCAGUGAAAAGCCACCCAUAAAUCCUUCUGCCACCUUACCUGCCACCGUAGAGGACGAUCCCUUUGGCUCGAGAAAGGCUCGGUCGUCUUUUGGAAAAGGUUUCUUCAAGAUCCGCGGAGGCAAGAAGACGACCAGUAGCCCAAGCCUUGCUGAAACAGAACGACAGGGUACGGACCAUCUCGAUCUGGCAGGGCUGCCGCAGAGGUCGAACAACAGCGACAGCACACACACGCUCCCCACUACUCCAGAAAGCAGAAAAAAAUCCAAAGGAAUAAAAAAGCUCUUUGGAAAGUUAAAAAGGAGCCAGUCUACCACAUUUAACUUGGAUGACAAUCUACCAGAGGGUGAGUUCAAGCGAGGAGGAGUGCGUGCCACAGCAGGACCCAGACUGGGUUGGUCUCGCGACCUUCAAAGAGUCAACAAUGACGUAGACGCUCCCUUUGCACGCUGGCCGAAGGAUCAGGUGUGCGACUGGCUGCAGGAGCAGGGUCUUGGUCUUUAUGUAAACAUGGCUCGCGUGUGGAUCUCCUCUGGACAGACACUGCUACAGGCCUCGCAGCUGGACCUGGAGAGGGAGCUGGGCAUCAAACACCCGCUGCACAGAAAGAAGCUCCAGCUGGCUCUUCAGGCCCUCGGCUCAGAGGAGGAGGACAACAAGGGAAAGCUGGACUACAACUGGGUGACAAGAUGGCUGGAUGACAUCGGCCUGCCUCAGUAUAAGACCCAGUUUGAUGAGGGAAGAGUGGACGGUCGCAUGCUGCACUACAUGACUGUGGAUGACCUGCUUUCCCUGAAGGUGGGCAGCGUUCUGCAUCACCUCAGCAUCAAGAGAGCUAUUCAAGUCCUCCGACUCAACAACUAUGAGCCUAACUGCCUCCGUCGCCGGCCGUCAGACGAGAACAACAUUUCACCGGCAGAGAUUUCCCAGUGGACCAACCACAGGGUGAUGGAGUGGCUGAGGUCUGUGGAUCUUGCUGAAUAUGCUCCCAACCUGAGAGGCAGCGGCGUCCAUGGGGGCCUAAUGGUUCUGGAGCCACGGUUCAAUGUGGAGACGAUGGCUUUGCUGCUGAACAUCCCCCCCAACAAGACUCUGCUGCGGCGCCACCUUGCCACACAUUUCAACCUGCUCAUUGGCUCAGAGGCCCAGCAGCUCAAACAGGAGUGUCUCGAAAACCCAGACUACACUUUGCUUACUGCAACCACUAAGGUCAAGCCAAAGAAACUAUCAUUCGGUAAUUUUGGCAGUCUGAGGAAGAAAAAGCAGGAAGAGAACGAGGAGUAUGUGUGUCCGAUGGACGUGGAGAUGCCAAAGGGUCGGAGCUUCCAAAAAGGCUUCGAGCUCCAAAUCUAUGAAGAUGACCUCGACCGGCUAGAACAGAUGGAGGACUCUGAGGGAACUGUGAGACAGAUUGGUGCUUUCUCUGAGGGCAUUCAGAAUCUGACAAGCAUGCUGAAAGAUGACGAACUCUUCAAAGAGAUCUCCAAUUCUCCGAACCCCAGCGUAACCGACGACGACUCCAAUGCAUGAGGCUGUCAGCAUCAGACCUGAUCCUGCUGUGAAUGAAACUCUGUGCCAACCCUCUCCACUUGCACACACACGUCUCAAUAAAAAACCAAGAAUGCUCCCACAUUUUCCUCAUUUUUAGUGUUACAUUCAAAGAAGAGCCAAAAGUAUUAGUGUCGUGUCUUUCUAGUUGAUUUUUAAAUGUUGAAGCCUUCAGUCCAGAGGCCACUUUCACUCCUGAAUUUAGUCUUCAUUACUCCCGACUGAUGUCAGAGGGAACAUGUAGGAUAACACCACUGUUUGCCUGCCAGCUGGUUUCUGGAGAUAUUUUUACUGUUCUAUUCGGGUACCUUCCUGUUUUAACUGAAGUGAAAACCAGCAAAAAUUUAAAAAAAAAAAACAUCUAGAAAAUGCCUAUAUAGAUUUAAUAUAUGACUUUUAAAUUGCCUUUUGACUGUGGCAAUGCUAGAAGAAAGAGUUGGACUAGAAGGGAUGUGUUGAGACUGUUUCCAUUUUGAAGUUAUAAAGAAAAACCCUCAAACAGCUGCUAUGUUUUCUACACAACUGAACCCUGCUAAAGAAAUGAGAACAGUCUUUAAAUAUUAUCCUGUCACUUAUACAUUUACAAAUGUGCAUAUACAGUAUAAAGCAAGAAUCUCGCUGCAUGUUUUGAAACUUCAACACAGUCAUAUAAGAACUCAUCAUUGUUUUUACCAAAAAAGGAUUUUAAAUGGAAACCUGCAGUUAAUUCUGGGGAAAUGUUGUGCUGCAAGGAAACGUCGGGUUUUCUCAAAGCGAUAAUGCUCCCUGCAGCUCUCCACCUUCCCUGAAAAGAUGUCUUUUUUGUACACUUAUGCAAUUAAUAAAUCAAUAAAGUAAUUUAAAUACA